AUGUCAAGACUCUUCAAUCAAAGAUCAGUUUACUUAGUUAGAUCUGCUUCUACAAGAUCAUAUGCCACCAAGAGUGUAGAUCAACAAAUUAAGGAGUUCCUCGCCAGACCAGAUAUUGCACCAACUGCUGCCAAGUUUGGUAUCACCUACAAGGAACCAACUGCUGAAGAGAACCAAAGAUCUCUUAACGAAAUCAAAGCUCAACUCCAACAAGGUGAGAAGGAUGCUGUUAAGACUUUUGUUGCCUCACUCGACCCAGAGAAGCCAUUCUUUUAA